AUGGUGCAUGCAACGAGACAAGAAACCAAGCGAGGACGAUCUGCGCGUGAAUUGUACGAGUCCGUCCUCAUUGCGAAGCAACAGCAACGGGCACAGGCUGAGGCCGAGGCCUCGAAUCAAGAUGACAUUCAACCGGAAAAUGACAUGCAAGAUGAGGCGGAUGUCUGGGGAAGUUGUUCCAACGACGAACAGGACGGGUGGGGAGGCGAGAAUACCGAUCUGGGAGAGGAAAUGAUGGACUACGAUGGCGUGGUGGAGGGGGAGGAGGAGGAGGAGGUGGAGGAGGUGCGAGAAAGCAGCGGCGACCAAAGAUGA